AUGUUAGGGACCGUGGAGAUGUGGACGGCCCUGCUGACCGUUUGCGCGCUGGCCGGGCGCGCGCGGGGCGGGUACGGGCUGAGCAUGUUCGCGGCGCAGUCGUCCCCCCCGGACCCGUGCUACGACGAGCACGGCAACCCGCGCCGGUGCAUCCCGGACUUCGUCAACUCCGCGUUCGGGAAGGACGUGCGCGUGUCCAGCACCUGCGGCGCGCCGGCCGCCCGCUACUGCGUGGUCAGCGAGAAGGCGGAGGAGCGCGCGCGGGACUGCCACACGUGCGACGCCGCCGACCCCAAGAAGGCGCGCCCGCCCGCCUACCUGACCGACCUCAACAACCCGCACAACCUGACCUGCUGGCAGUCCGAGAACUACGUCCAGUUCCCGCAGAACGUCACGCUCGCGCUCUCGCUGGGCAAGAAGUUCGAGGUGACCUACGUCAGCCUGCAGUUCUGCUCGCCGCGGCCCGAGUCCAUGGCCAUCUACAAGUCCAUGGACUACGGCAAGUCGUGGAUGCCGUUCCAGUUCUACUCCACGCAGUGCAAGAAGAUGUACAACCGGCAGAACAAGGCGGCCAUCACCAAGCAGAACGAGCAGGAGGCCAUCUGCACGGACUCGCACACGGACAUGCACCCACUGACCGGCGGCCUGAUCGCCUUCAGCACGCUGGACGGCCGGCCGUCCGCGCACGACUUCGACAACUCCCCCGUGCUGCAGGACUGGGUGACGGCCACCGACAUCAAGGUGGUCUUCAGCCGGCUGCACACGUUCGGCGACGAGAACGAGGACGACUCGGAGCUGGCGCGCGACUCCUACUUCUACGCCGUGUCCGACCUGCAGGUGGGCGGCAGGUGCAAGUGCAACGGGCACGCGUCCAAGUGCGUCAAGGACCGCGAGGGCAGCCUGGUGUGCGAGUGCAAGCACAACACGGCGGGGCCGGAGUGCGACAGGUGCAAGCCCUUCCACUACGACCGGCCCUGGCAGCGCGCCACGGCCCGGGAGGCCAACGAGUGCGUGGAAACCGGCGCUUUGGAGGCGGUGAAACUAUUCAGGGGCGAGGACAAAAGCGUUGAGUAA